AUGGCUAAGUUCAUCAAAUCAGGCAAAGUUGGUAAGUACAAGAGCACCGGUUUUGUUACAUGUCGAGGUAUCCAAGUCGAAAGACACUCAAACACAACGAAGAACAGCAAUAUCAAAUACGCUGGUAAGAAGGUCGUCAUCGUGAAACCACACGAUGAUGGUACCAAGUCCCACCAAUUCCCACAUGCCAUUGUCGCCGGUGUUGAGAGACAACCACUCAAGGUGACUAAAUCUAUGGGAAACAAGAAGGUUGCUAAGAGAACUAAGAUCAAGCCAUUUGUGAAACUCAUUAACUACAACCACUUGAUGCCAACCAGAUACUCGUUCGAGGUCGAAUCUUUCAAGAACGCUGUUUCGAUCGAGGCUUUGUCCGAGCCAUCCCAAAGAGAAGAGGCUAAGAAGGUGAUUAAGAAGGCAUUUGAGGAGAGACACCAAGCCGGAAAGAACAAGUGGUUUUUCACCAAGCUGGCUUUCUAA